AUGGUCCCAAAAUACCUUCUUCUAGCCCUUCUCGUAGGAGUGGUGGCUCUCACCACUCCCUCCGACGCUGGCCACAAGCCCCCGGAGACGAAGCCACCAACUCCUAUCCACAAACCUCCAACCGGACACAAACCCCCAACUCUUGCCGACGAGAAGAAGACGUCUGUGGACCAGCACAAGCCUCCUGCUCCUGGUGGCAAGCAUCCUGGUCCUCCUGGACACAAGCCGCCUUCCCUCUCCGAUGCCAAGGAUACUAGCCACAUCCCGGAGCCUAAGCCCAAACCAUAUGGGAAGCCACCGGUGCAUGUGAAGCCGCCGGGACCUUACAAGCCACCUCACAAGCCACCUCACAAGCCACCGUCCACUGACCACCUGAACUAG